CACGUGUGGUAGCGGCGGACAGCUGGCUGCGGCUGAUCGCGGUCGGUGCCGCCGCCUGCUCCCGCCUCCCAGCCCGGGCUCCCCUCCCUCCGCUCGGCCUCCGCUCAGUGAACCCGCCGCAGCAUGGGAGACAAGAAAAGCCCGACCAGGCCGAAGCGGCAGCCCAAGCCGGCCAGCGACGAGGGAUUCUGGGAUUGCAGUGUGUGCACCUUCCGGAACAGCGCGGAGGCCUUCAAAUGCCUAAUGUGUGAUGUACGCAAGGGGACCUCCACACGGAAACCUCGUCCUGUUUCCCAGUUGGUUUCACAGCAGGUAACCCAGCAAUUUGUGCCUCCCAUACAAUCAAAGAAAGAGAAAAAAGACAAAGUGGAGAAAGAAAAGAGUGAAAAAGAAAUUGCUAUCAAAAAGAACAGUCACAAGAAAACAAGGCCACGGUUGAAAAAUGUGGAUCGAAGUAGCGCCCAGCAUUUGGAAGUUACCGUGGGAGAUCUGACAGUCAUCAUUACAGACUUUAAGGAGAAAACAAAGUCCCCACCAGCAUCCAGCACCGCAUCAGUGGAUCAACACAGUCAAAGUGGUUCUGGUUCUGAAAACACAGAAAGAGGAGUAUCCAGGUCAUCUUCACCCAGAGGAGAAGCAUCUUCUGUAAACGGGGAAUCACAUUAAAGUUUCCUUCCUCAGAUCUCUAGAUUUUUCUCCUCAAGAUUAAGACAAGCAUCUUCUGACAAUAGUUAACACAUUUUCAUGAGAAAAUAUCUGAUAUAAAACUGGUAUUUUUUUGGGUGGGAAAUGGUUAAGUAUGCACUUAUUUUUUUAUCUGUACUUUUGUAAGUGCACUGUCCAGGUUCACACUUAAGGUUGGUCAGCUUGUUUAUAAAAAGUGGGAAAAAGUCUGUCAAUGUAUGACGUUUUUCUUGUAAACUCUCUGUUCAGAAAUGGUUAUUUAAAAUAUUGGGAGUUACGUAUAGAGAGGUUGCAGGGCAAACUUUUAAAAGUGAAGCCGUCACAGUGGAAAUCAUCGAUAUGAUCCUGCUUAUGGCUUCAUUUUUACAGUUUUGCUUCAGAAUCUCUUGUGUAAAUAACCUUCAGUGUCUCUUAACUGAUGAACCAAGACAUAGAGAAGCUUACUAACCUCCAGGGAUGCAUAACCAAAUGCUUAAAUGUAUUUACUGUGCUCAAGACGGGUUUUUCUUAAGCUCUUACUUGUAAUAAGAAGGUGCUGCACAACAGUUAAUUUUGAAUUUGCUUAAUCAGUGGAGACUUUUAUCAUGUUUUGCUCCCAUGAAUACUUUAAUUACUGAACAGAUCAUGGGAGAAGUCUUAGUCCUGCAGUAUGAAAACACUCAAAAUUGAUCCCUGUUGUAUACAUUUUUUUUACACACACUCGUAUGUUUGCGCAGUAUGCAUCUGUGUCAUGAACGUGGCCUAAAUUAGAACUGUAUUGGGACAGUAGGGCAUAAAUCCAAUUCUCUAAAGCCCAUCUGUUCAGCAGAAUUAGAGGAUAUUUGCACGUGAAUGUACCAAUGGGGUGACCAACAGUUUAUCUGCUGCUGGUGAGGCUGUGCUUAACUAGAAAUAGCCUUAAAGGGAAACUGUCAUGAAAAAAACAACUUGAUAUAUUGGUGUGUAUAUUAAUAUUUGCUUCUUAGAAAAGUUGUAAGUGCCAUAGAUGUUUAUGGUAAAUAAUAUUCUGGAUUUUAAUUGCUGCUUAAUUACCCUUCAUUGCAGUUUGAGAUGCUUUGUUCGUGAGCAUUCUGCAGAUAGUCGUUGACCUGUCUAAAUGAAUAAAACACUGGUCGUUGCACACUGAUUUACAAUUACAACUAUUUAUACAGCGUCAACAUAUUCUUCAGUGCUGUACAAUCAGAAACGGGAUAAAAGUUCAAUUCUAACACAUUGACAUACGGGAACAGUAGUGUGUGUCUAGAUAUAUAUAUCCAAUGAGGGAAUAAUCACCGCAAAACCAAGUAAUGUUUUGUUUUUUUUCCUUCAUCAUAGUUCCCCUUUAAUGUGUUUCAAGCUUUAUCACUUUUCCAGCAGACAGUAAUCAAACUUUACAUAAGCACAGAUACCUAUGUCGGGGAGCGCUCUGAUAAGCAAGCCAGUAUACAAAUAAACUGCACAGAUGAGGGGUCUUGAGGACUUUAUAUUUUAUUUUGUAAAGGUACACUGGGCUAUUGCAGAUAGAAACAGAUGCUAACUGCUUACUUCAAAAUCUAUAGGGUACAGUAACAUUUAAGUCAUCUGAGAAGUAUAUGCAUAUUUUUUUUUUUUUCACCCAAUGUUCCCAAGAGACCCAGUUCAUUAUCGGUUUUAGCGUUCUAAUUGCAAAUUAUUAAAUAUGUAAAGGCACUGAAGGGGUGUACACACUAUAUCUGUCUUAAUGUUACAAAUUUAAUGUUGAAGUGCCAUGGAAAUGUGGUUGGUCAUUUGUUAUUCAGUGUUAUUAGUGAACCCAUCUUCACUUUUAGGUUCGUGAAUACUAACACAUGUUGACUUGUUUCUUAAAGGCAUGUGUGGAAGCAAUUUUUAUAACAUAGUUAAAGCUGUAUUAUUUGGAAUAUAGUGAUGCAUAGUUAGGACUACAACUGAAAAAGCAAUUUCAAAGUGGUUAUCUUAAAUGCACCUGCUGGUACUUGGUGUGAUUUAAUAGGAAUGAAAUAUAAAAUAAAGCCUUUUUAUAAAGU